GUCUCACAUUCAAACGUGUAAUAAAAAAUACUUGGUAAAUUUUGACUAAAAAGUUACUUAAUUAUUUGGAUCAAUGGACUAAUAUUAGUUUCCAAUUUGUUAUUUGGAUCAAUGGACCAAUUCUGGCCUGUAGAUAUUUUGAAGUCACAAGGAGCCCAACUAAAAUUAAAAGAAAUAGCAUAAAAUCCAAACCAAAUAGGAAAACCUAAAUCAUGCGGCGCUUUACUGUUCUCUCUCUUCUCAUUGUCUCCUCUCUCUCGCAUUCUUUUCUUCGCGGCAGCGGUGUCUUUCACUCUCUCUCGUCUCCGGCCUCUCUGUGCCGCCGCCCUCGCCAACUCGCCCCCGAAAAUUGCCCCGCCUCCUUCGUCCUGCGUCUGCAGCAGUAGCCUCUGUCCAACAGCCUACAGAAGGAGUGACGAGAGUUGAGCACUUGACUCUCAAUCAGCGGACUUGUCGAGGUGUUUCGCCACCAUUCUGCCUAAAUGAUGUGGAUAAUGAGAUCGAUUCGACGGCCAUUCGCCCAAUUUCACGCGGCGGCCAAUUUCUCAUCUGCGGCAGCGGUGGAAGCUGAGCGCUGCGUAAGAGAUGGAGCGAGGAAUGACUGGAAGAGAGAAGAAAUUAAGUCAAUCUACGAUUCGCCUAUCCUUGAUCUGCUAUUCCAUGCUGCUCAAGUUCAUAGACAUGCUCACAAUUUCAGGGAAGUGCAGCAGUGCACGCUUCUAUCAAUCAAGACUGGUGGAUGCAGUGAAGAUUGUUCUUAUUGCCCGCAGUCGUCCAGAUACAACACCGGACUCAAAGCACAUAAGCUUAUGAAUAAGGAUGCAGUCUUGGAGGCUGCCGAAAAGGCAAAAGAGGCUGGCAGCACUCGGUUUUGUAUGGGUGCAGCAUGGCGAGACACUGUAGGAAGGAAAACUAAUUUCAAUCAAAUCCUUGAGUAUGUUAAAGAAAUAAGGGGUAUGGGUAUGGAGGUUUGCUGCACUCUGGGGAUGCUGGAGAAGCAGCAAGCUUUAGCACUCAAGGAGGCAGGACUUACAGCUUACAACCAUAAUCUCGACACCUCAAGAGAAUACUACCCAAAUAUUAUAACCACCAGAAGCUAUGACGAACGGCUCCAGACCCUUGAGUAUGUCCGUGAUGCGGGUAUCAAUGUCUGUUCAGGUGGAAUAAUAGGGCUUGGUGAAGCCGAGGAGGAUAGAGUUGGCUUAUUACAUGCAUUGGCAACUCUCCCAGCACACCCUGAGAGUGUUCCCAUUAAUGCACUCAUUGCUGUACAAGGCACACCCCUGGAAGAUCAAAAGCCAGUUGAAAUAUGGGAGAUGAUAAGGAUGAUUGCCACAGCCCGCAUUGUGAUGCCAAAGGCGAUGGUGAGGCUCUCAGCUGGGAGAGUCCGUUUCUCGAUGCCUGAGCAGGCACUUUGCUUUCUUGCUGGUGCAAAUUCAAUCUUCACAGGAGAGAAGCUCUUGACAACUCCCAACAACGACUAUGAUGCUGAUCAAACCAUGUUUAAGCUGCUUGGGCUCAUUCCCAAAGCUCCUGAUUUCUCACAGAAUUCAGCCAAAGAUUUUGAAACAGAACCUGUUGAAGUGGCAGCUUCAAGUUCUGAUUGAACCUGCAAUUUUCACUUGUGAUGUUUUAACUUGGAAUAGGGUUAUUCUGUUGUAUGGAGAUCUACAGUUCAGUUAUAAUUGUGUUUUUAUCUUUUUCAUAUUGUGAACUUUUAUUAACUAUUGUAGCUGUUGGAAGAUAGUUCUGUUUUCAUCUCAA